AUGCCUGCUUUUCAUUUAUCUCCUUUGGUUGGCCACCGAGACUGGGUCAGCUCGGCCGAACAGCGCCUGUUUGCGCUCUUAAAGAACGGCCAGCCUUCACCUGUCUCGUUCUCGUCGCCAAUGUGCGCGUCACGGAGACAGGAAGUGAAAGUCAAAGCCAAGCCAAUGGCCUCAUCAACAAUCACUGUCGCAAUCGUGGCCCCAGGUGCCGGUACGGGCAUCAACGGGGCAGUCUAUUCUGAGCUAGCACGCAGCCCGUCGUUCAAGGUGGAUGUCAUUGGACGGUCGAGGGCACCCUAUGAUGUUUAUCCGCCAUGCUGGCCUCAGGGCGCGCCCGCACCCAACCUGCAGAGCUUUGCAGAGGAGGUGCUGGAGACCGGAGCACACCGGGAUGCCCAGGCUCUUGUUUUUGGCUCACGUGGUGGGCAAGUGGUUCUGCCACAUAUGUGGCAGGCAGAGGCACAGGGCCUAAUUCCUCCUGUGCCCCCAGCUGUGGUCAUCAACGGUGGAUGCGCCAUGAACUUGCCAACGCCCGUGUUCUGGCCAGACUCAGCAGUGACCUUCCUCCUGAUUGGAGGGAACGACAACUUCAGGGGAAGCCUCACGAUGGAGGAGUAUGUCGCGGAAACGAGGAGCUAUGUGCCGCCUGGCAAUCAGACAACUGCCAUCUUGUCUGUCAACGACAUGACACACAUGCCGCAGCAAUCCUUGUUCCGUGGAGUUCUGCGUCUGAUGCUGAAGGCGCUGAUCUCCUGGAAGGCAGAUGGGAAGGUGCCCUUAGAGCGCCUUCGCCAGAUCUUGGCCUUCCUUAGACAGGACGGAUGGAGCGGUAAGCUGCUGUACACAACAGCUCCUAGUGAGUGGGAGGACAUCCCAUUCAGCCCUCGUGACAGAGAGAAGUACCAGGCCCAGGCAGGGCAUGAGCGAGAAGAGCGCUUGCUUGUAGCUUCUCAGAAGUCCUUGAAAGGUCCCAAGACACAUCCGCGAGGCUGUCUAACCGUGUAG